AUGGACAUUGUACCUGAAGUUGCUUUGGCAGCAAUUAGUGUCUCUAUUUUCAAACCAUAUUUUGACCAGGCAAACGAAUUGGUCAAUUAUACUUUCAUCGAUGAAAUCUUUCACGUGAACCAAGUAAAGGAGUAUUGGAAUGGAAAUUUUGAUUCAUGGGAUUCGAAGAUCACCACGCCCCCGGGUCUAUACUAUCUUGCACUUUGGUGGCUUAAACUCACGGGAUUGGAACUCUCCAUUGCCAAUUUAAGAUUGCUCAAUUUUAUUGGCGGCGUGCUCCUUAUCAUUACCACGUUGGUUGUCAAGAAACAUCACAACUCUGGUCUUUCGGCUGUUUCUCUAUUUUCCUCUCCAUUGCUGACAAUUUAUUAUACUCUUUUUUACACCGACGUUUGGUCCACGCUACUCAUCGUUCAGUCAUAUGUCGCUGCAGUCUGUUGGAAACCCACUUUGAUAUCAGCCACAUUAUCCUGUUUGUUGGGCUCAAUCAGUCUCCUGUUCCGACAAACCAACAUCGUCUGGCUAGCCUUUGCAUUAGCCGUUAUCGUGGACAAGUUGGCAAAGGACAACUAUCGUGAUAUUGCGCAAUACGAUGUUGCUGUCUUUGUCCGCAAGGCAUUUGCAAGUUGGAGGAUCGUUUGUCCUUUCGCAAUGGUUCUUAUCGCAUUCAUAAAUUUUGUUAUCAGUAACGGAGGCAUAACUAUGGGGGACAAGGAAAACCAUGUUAUUGUUCCUCACUUAGCUCAGGUGUUUUAUUGCUUUACGUUCAUCACCAGCUUUUCCGCUCCAUUGUGGCUCAGUCCGGCAUUUAUUAGAGGUUACUUUGAGACACUGCUCGCCAGAAAAUACUUGGUACUCAACGGCUUCUGGAUCUUCAUUAUGUUUUACAUUGUGCAAAACUUCACUUUUUUGCACCCAUUCAUUCUCGCCGAUAACAGACACUAUACAUUCUAUAUCAUGAGAAGGGUUAUCUUCAAGACUUGGUACUCCAAAUUUUUACUUCUUCCCGUUUACCACUAUUCUGCCUAUACCGUGUACAAACUCUUCACCAAAAACCAUUCGAAAGUGCUAUUUAUCGCAUUUGUGACAUGUGUCAUCCUGACUGUCGCUCCAUCUCCAUUAUUUGAGCCGCGGUAUUUUAUUUUACCAUUAGUGUACUGGAGACUGCAAGUGCGGCCAGUGGCAGACCACUCUCAGUUACGAUUGGGACUAGAAUGUUUAUGGAAUUACUGGUGGUCAAGGUCUCUAUUCCAGAUCUAUUUUAAUUACGUAUUUGAGUGGGACGAUCUGCCAGACCCACAGCGAAUCAUUUGGUGA